UGAAGAAAUGGAAAAGGAAACGGUGUAUUUAGCGACGUGUCUUAAACCUUUAGAAGAAAAAAUAACAUUUCGACUGCGGGAGAGAAAUAUAAGGUUGGAAUGCAUUCCGACGAUCUUUUCAUCUACUCUAGACAUUGAUGCUCCUGCCUUGCAAAAUGCGGAACUCGCAGAGCAGAUUGAAUAUUUGUUUGCGGACGUGCCCGUGAUUGCCAAGUACUACAAAGCUCUAAAAAAUGUCAAAUGGGUACACACAUGGUGGAACGGUGUCGAUGGCCUCACGCAACAUACAGAAAAAGAAAAUUUUCCGCCAACGUUCGUCUUGACGAAGAGCCCUGGUUGUCUGAACGCUACCCUCAUCAACGAGUACGUGCUUGGUUACAUCAUAGCGCACGAGCGCUUGUUCUUCCUAGCACGAGAGCAACAGGCUCGCACUCAAUGGAACAUGGCUGCACUUUUGAAGACUGGUUCUUUGGCAGACAGGACUGUUGGCAUCUUAGGAGUUGGUGAUAUAGGAAAAAGAUUGGCCGAGGUCCUGAAGGGGUUUGGUAUGACCGUCUGGGGUCUCACUAGAACCCCACAUUACGGGGAGCAAGGAAGCCCCUUCGUAGACGAGUACCGCACCACUGAAUUUCUACCGGAGCUACUGAAGAACUGUGAUUAUGUCGUGAACGUGUUGCCAAGUACCCCGCAGACGCGCAACCUUCUGUCCGGUGGAGUCUUAGAACACUGUCGACAUAAGCAAUCCGUGUUCAUCAAUGUGGGUAGAGGUGACGUUGUGGAUGAAGAAAACAUAGUUCUGGCUAUUAAGAACAAAUGGCUGAGAGGUGCAGUGCUGGACGUUUUUGCAACUGAGCCAUUGCCCGCCUCGAGUACAUUGUGGAGUCUUCCGGACGUAAUCAUAACCCCACACGUGUCCGGAUGGUCUAAUUCGGAUGAGUUUGGUACAAUGUAUGCAGACGUUUUCAUCGAGAAUGUUGACCUUUACUUCUCUGGACAACCUCUGAAGAACGUUAUUAGUUGGAAACAUGGUUAUUAACCAGGAACAAUGGAUUAUACAUUUAGAGCGAAUUUGAUCGAAAAAAGGGUUUGGACUUAGCCCAUGCAAGUCGCAUGUCGCUUUCUGUUGUGUGUGUGUGUGUGUGUGUUUUUGUAUCAUUUAGAUAACAGUGCUAGGAUAUAAGAUUCUCAAAGAAUGCGAGGACGAAGGAUAUGUGAAACGGCGAAUCAAUUUGCAGUAUUUUGACAAUACACGUUACAUUCAAAUGUAUCAAUAAUGUUCACAUAAAUAAAUAAUUGUAUCCCAAUAUUUCCCUCCUGUUUAUAAGUUACCGCGUUGUUUAGUUUCAGGUGAGCACGCGAACAAUCGCUUCAAUGUAUAUGGUGUUCAACUAAUACAUGUAGCUUUAAAAUCCGUGUACAGUGUUUUGA